AUGGCAGGCUGUUUGGUAAUUAGGGCACGAGGUUACCGGCUUCUCAAUUCUGGACUAGCAAGUUUCGGUUCAAUAUGCAAUGCAAAAUGUUUGUUCCAAGACCUAGGAUACAAAUUCAAAAUACCAAGGCCGUGUUCCUCUCUGACAAGGAACGGAAAAGCAAUUCAGCGCCCAGUUAUAAGCAAACCACGUGCGAUUGUCGGCAGGCUCAAUUAUAAUUACUCUACCACAUCCGUAGCGACAGGAGAGCAAGGAACAUCCAGAAUUAUAAACGAUAGAAAGCACGCUGCUAAAGUGGUAACAGAUUCGGAUGCUGAUGUGCAUCGACUCAUUUGUGGAUUUCUCAUCGGAAGAGAUGGAGAGAACAUUAAAAAGUUGCGAUUGGAAACUGGGUUUGAUUUUGACCUUGAUACUAAAACAAAUCGAGAUCCAACAGGCCCAAGUCUUCUUGUUUUUGGGACAGAUUCUGAAGUGUUAAAGAGUGCAACAGAAAAAAUAACAGAAGAGGUACAAAAGAUAAGAAACUGUCUAAAAAAAGUGUUUACAGAUGAAGAUGUUGACAUUCAUUAUGAAAUAUGUAAACUUAUCAUUGGAGAAGGAGGACAAAACAUACAAAGAUUGAAAUUGGAAACUGGUUUAGAUUUUGAACUAUCCAGUAUCAGCACAGGCCUACUUGUAAUUGGGACUGAUGCUAUAGUGUUGCAGAGUGCGACAGAGAAAGUAACACAAGAAGUACAAAGAAUAAGAAACUGCAUUGAAAAAGUGUUUACAGAUGAGGAUGUUGACAUUCAUGCCUGCAUUGCAGGAAAUAUCAUUGGAAAAGGAGGACAAAACAUACAAAGAUUGAAAAUGGAAACCGGAUUAGAUUUUGAACUCUACAGUAUCACCAAAGGCCUACUUGUAAUUGGGACUGAUGCUGAAAUGUUGAAGAGUGCAACAGAACAAGUAACAAGAGAAGUUCAGAGAAUGAGAAACUGCAUAGAAAAAGUGUUAACAGAUGAAGAUGUUGACAUUCAUAAUGAAAUAUAUAGCAGUAUCAUUGGAAAAGGAGGGCAAAACAAACUAAGAUUGAAAAUGGAAUCCGGAUUAGAUUUUGAUCUCUCCCGUAUCAGCACUGGCCUACUUGUUAGUGUGACUGAUGCUGAAGUGUUGAAGAGUGCAACAGAAAAAGUAACACAAGAAGUGCAAAGAAUAAGAAACUGCAUGGAAAAGGUGUUUACAGAUGAAGAUAUUAACAUUCAUACUAGAAUAUGUAGCGGUAUCAUUGGAAAAAGAGGACAAAACAUACAAAGAUUGAAAUUGGAAACUGGAUUAGAUUUUGAACUUGAAAUAAUCAGCACUGGCCUACUUGUUCAUGUGACUGAUGCUGAAGUGUUGACAAUUGCAAUAGAACAAGUAACAAGAGAAGUUCAGAGAAUGAGAAACUGCAUUGAAAAGGUGUUUACAGAUGAAGAUGUUGACAUUCAUGCUAACAUUGUAAGAAAUAUCAUUGGAAUAGGAGGACAUAACAAACAAAGAUUGAAAAUGGAAUCCGGAUUAGAUUUUGAACUAGACCGUAUCAGCACAGGCCUACUUGUUCGUGUGACUGAUUCUGAAGUGUUGAAGAGUGCAACAGAAAAAGUAACACAAGAAGUACAAAGAAUAAGAAACUGCAUAGAAAAAGUGUUCACAGAUGAGGAUGUUGACAUUCAUGCCUGCAUUGUAAGAAAUAUCAUUGGAAAAGGAGGACAAAACAUACAAAGAUUGCAAUUGGUAACCGGAUUAGAUUUUGAACUCGACAGUAGCAACACGGGCCUACUUGUUCGUGUGACUGAUGCUGAAAUGUUGAAGAGUGCAACAGAACAAGUAACAAAAGAAGUCCAGAGAAGGAGAAACUGCAUUGAAAAAGUGUUUACAGAUGAAGAUGUUGACAUUCAUGCUUACAUUGUAAGAAAUAUCAUUGGAAAAGGAGGACAAAACAUACAAAGAUUGAAAUUGGAAUCCGGAUUAGAUUUUGAACUCGACUGUAUCAGCACUGGCCUACUUGUUCAUGUGACAGAUGCUGAAGUGUUGAAGAGUGCAACAGAAAAUGUAACUCAAGAAGUACAAAGAAUAAAGAACCGGUUAGAAAAAAACUGA